AAAAAUAACUCACAGUGUCUCUGAGGUUAUUUUCCAGUGAAGUGUUUAGUAUUGCUGCUAUUUGGAGUACAAAGUUGGAGCUUUUAAAGAACCUGGGAGUUCAAAAGUAUAAGAAGAAAUAAAUGAAAAGCAGAAAUAUUUUGAGGCAAUAAGUAUAGACUCAAAUCUAUAUUAUGACCACUUGGAAUUCUACCAAUAAGAGAUUUAUUUGGGCAAACUAUAAUGGUUGUUGGAAAUUGCAAAUCUUAGUGUGAAUUAUUUUAGUCCAGUUGGUUUCUUUCUUUUACUUACCUGAAAUGAACUAUACUGAGGCAAUAGGAGCUUUGUAUAGUAAUUUAGGAGUGUAAAACAACUUAGGGAAAAGGAUUAUUAAGCAGGAUGAUUUGGAUGACAUCAUGUGAAAUUUAGGAAUUGGAGGCAUUGGAAUUGAGAGAGUACUAACAAAGGAAAACCGCUUAUUUUAGAAUUUGUCUGGAGGAUGUAGAGUUGAAGAAAGUUUUGGUAUUUCUUCUGCAGCGGCCCCAGUGCUCUUGACCAGGAACAUCUCUUGGAGUCAGUAGUUUUCAUGAGGCUGGCAUAGGAGCUUGGCCAAUGUAUGCAACAUUGUUCUAUUUAGAAUAUUCCCUGAAUUAAUUCCAUAGUGUCAAAACAUAAAUUUUUCACUCAACUCCUUUGUAAGUUAGAUUUUAACUUGUACUUGUCUUUACCUCUUCCGCUGAUAUCAGUUGACAACACUGAGAUUACUUUCAUUUUCCUGUAAGUCGUCAUGAAUUUUUCUGGUCAACCAUGAGUUAUCAGCAGAAGCAGUAAGUAGGAUGUACUGUAAAAGAAUUACAAUAAAAUAAGAGAAACCACUUGGAGAGCAAGAGGGCUUGUGGACUUAGGGGAACAGUUAUGAGAAGUGUCUCAGAAUUUAAUUUACAAAUAACGUUGAUAGAUUGACAUGUUGUCUUUCCCAUGAAGUAACUUUCAUUACCUCGGCCUUAAUAGUAAACUACUAUGAAAGUGAAUUCACGUCUAUCUUGAUUUGUGAGCUGAUGAAAAUUACAAAAUGUAGGGUUUUUUCCCCAGAUAAAUAGUGGAAUGUUCAGGUUUGAUGCCUGGAAAAUAGCUGAAAUUUUCCAUGGUAGUAGGCACAUUUUGAAACUGUUUUUCUUUUCUCUGACAAUUGAAUAUAUUUUAUAUAUAGUUGAUUUUGAUUAUUGAAGACUAAGGAAAAUUGAUUUUAAGUAAGUUUAAAUGUUAGAAAAUGAAUUUUGCAAAUUUGAAGUAAUUUUAUAUGUUUUGGGAUUGUAGUUAUGUUAGAUAUUCCUCAAUUAGGGGUAAUUGUCUUGCAUCAUUAUCUCUUAUCAUAAUCUGUUUUUCUUCACACAGUGUUAUAGUUUUGCCGCUGGACUCUUCCCUCCCUUCCCCCACCCCAUCAGGAUGAUAUGAGACUUGAAAGAAGACGAUGCAUACAGGAGGAGAGACUUCAGCAUGCAAACCUUCAUCUGUUCGGCUUGCACCGUCAUUUUCAUUCCAUGCUGCUGGCCUUCAGAUGGCUGGACAGAUGCCCCAUUCACACCCGUACAGUGACCGUCGCCAGCCAAGCAUAAGUGACCAGCAGGUUUCUGCCUUAGCGUAUUCUGACCAGAUUCAGCAACCUCUAACCAACCAGAGGCGGAUGCCCCAAACCUUCCGUGACCCAGCAACUGCUCCCCUGAGAAAACUUUCUGUUGACUUGAUCAAAACAUACAAGCAUAUUAAUGAGGUUUACUAUGCAAAAAAGAAGCGAAGACACCAACAGGGCCAGGGAGACGAUUCUAGUCAUAAGAAGGAACGGAAGGUUUACAAUGAUGGUUAUGAUGAUGAUAACUAUGAUUAUAUUGUAAAAAACGGAGAAAAGUGGAUGGAUCGUUACGAAAUCGACUCCUUGAUAGGCAAAGGUUCCUUUGGACAGGUUGUAAAGGCAUAUGAUCGUGUGGAGCAAGAAUGGGUUGCCAUUAAAAUAAUAAAGAACAAGAAGGCUUUUCUGAAUCAAGCACAGAUAGAAGUGCGACUUCUUGAGCUCAUGAACAAACAUGACACUGAAAUGAAAUACUACAUAGUGCAUUUGAAACGUCACUUUAUGUUUCGAAACCAUCUCUGUUUAGUUUUUGAAAUGCUCUCCUACAACCUCUAUGACUUGCUGAGAAACACCAAUUUCCGAGGGGUCUCUUUGAACCUCACACGAAAGUUUGCACAACAGAUGUGCACUGCACUGCUUUUCCUUGCGACUCCAGAACUUAGUAUCAUUCACUGUGAUCUAAAACCUGAAAAUAUCCUUCUUUGUAACCCCAAACGCAGUGCAAUCAAGAUUGUUGACUUUGGCAGUUCUUGUCAGUUGGGACAGAGGAUAUACCAGUAUAUUCAGAGUCGCUUUUAUCGGUCUCCGGAGGUGCUACUGGGAAUGCCUUAUGACCUUGCCAUUGAUAUGUGGUCCCUCGGGUGUAUUUUGGUUGAAAUGCACACUGGAGAACCUCUGUUCAGUGGUGCCAAUGAGGUAGAUCAGAUGAAUAAAAUAGUGGAAGUUCUGGGUAUUCCACCUGCUCAUAUUCUUGACCAAGCACCAAAAGCAAGAAAGUUCUUUGAGAAGUUGCCAGAUGGCACUUGGAACUUAAAGAAGACCAAAGAUGGAAAACGGGAGUACAAACCACCAGGAACCCGUAAACUUCAUAACAUUCUUGGAGUGGAAACAGGAGGACCUGGUGGGCGACGUGCUGGGGAGUCAGGUCAUACGGUCGCUGACUACUUGAAGUUCAAAGACCUCAUUUUAAGGAUGCUUGAUUAUGACCCCAAAACUCGAAUUCAACCUUAUUAUGCUCUGCAGCACAGUUUCUUCAAGAAAACAGCUGAUGAAGGUACAAAUACAAGUAAUAGUGUGUCUACAAGCCCCGCCAUGGAGCAGUCUCAGUCUUCGGGCACCACCUCCAGUACAUCAUCAAGCUCAGGUGGCUCAUCGGGGACAAGCAACAGUGGGAGAGCCCGGUCGGAUCCGACGCACCAGCAUCGGCACAGUGGCGGGCACUUCACAGCUGCCGUGCAGGCCAUGGACUGCGAGACACACAGUCCCCAGGUGCGUCAGCAAUUUCCUGCUCCUCUUGGUUGGUCAGGCACUGAAGCUCCUACACAGGUCACUGUUGAAACUCAUCCUGUUCAAGAAACAACCUUUCAUGUAGCCCCUCAACAGAAUGCAUUGCAUCAUCACCAUGGUAACAGUUCCCAUCACCAUCACCACCACCACCACCAUCACCACCACCAUGGACAACAAGCCUUGGGUAACCGGACCAGGCCAAGGGUCUACAAUUCUCCAACGAAUAGCUCCUCUACCCAAGAUUCUAUGGAGGUUGGCCACAGUCACCACUCCAUGACAUCCCUGUCUUCCUCAACGACUUCUUCCUCGACAUCUUCCUCCUCUACUGGUAAUCAAGGCAAUCAGGCCUACCAGAAUCGCCCAGUGGCUGCUAAUACCUUGGACUUUGGACAGAAUGGAGCUAUGGACGUUAAUUUGACCGUCUACUCCAAUCCCCGCCAAGAGACUGGCAUAGCUGGACAUCCAACUUACCAAUUUUCUGCUAAUACAGGUCCUGCACAUUACAUGACUGAAGGACAUCUGACAAUGAGGCAAGGGGCUGAUAGAGAAGAGUCCCCCAUGACAGGAGUUUGUGUGCAACAGAGUCCUGUAGCUAGCUCGUGACUACAUUGAAACUUGAGUUUGUUUCUUGUGUGUUUUUAUAGAAGUGGUGUUUUUUUUCCAAAAACAAAGUGCAAAGCUGCUUGAAUCAGAAGGAGAUUAACACACUGAACCGCUACAAGAGGGCAAAGCUGACUUUUUUUUUUUUUAACUUGAAAAGAUUGCAAAGGGACAUUGAAGUGUUUAAAAGAGCCAUGUCCAAACCCAUCUUCAUGGAUAGCUCAGAGGUAUCCUCUUUUUGCUCCCCCAUUUUAACUUGCCACAUCCCAGUCAUAGUGGGUUUUUUUGGUCUUUCUAUUCAGCAAAAAUAUUCAGAUGUUGGUCUUGGUCAUUUGCCAACUAAUUUUAAAAUAAAAGGCACUGCACAUAAUUUGCAUAAAGGGCCCAUGAGGGUGUUUUUUUUUCUUUUUGUCCCCCCUACUAUUUUUUUGUUCUGUUUUGUUUUGGGUGGGAGGGUGGGAAAUUCGGGUUUUUAAGUCCUCUAAACACACUUGGGCACGGAAAUGCAGUACUGUAAGGAAGAGGGACCUCCAGCUUCCACAAACACCAUCUUCAGCUGUAUGAAAGGGACGGUUGUGUUGAAGUUUGUCAGGCACAGUAAGCAUGCUGAGUGGCGGGGAUCAGAACUCUCCUAUCUGAACCUACUGAGGAUCAAAGCAGCAAUUACAUGGGAUCCUGUGGCUCUCCUGUUGUAGAGGCCACAGGAAGAUAGGAUGGAACGUGACUGGUCUCCUAACCAAGGUGCACUGAGAAGCAAUCAACGGGUCAGUCGUGGCCAGUCCUGGGGAGGUCUGAGUGGUGGUCUUUGGGAUAACCUUUGGCCUUAUGGAUUUGGACUCGAAAUUAGAAGAGCCUACCAUUUCAGAUGCAAUCACUUUUGGACAUGCUUUUGCAGACAGUCCUUAAUGCUGAAAACACAGAGAAUGGGUAAUUCAAGAGGCCUUUCUUUUAAAAUAGACUUUUGUGACCCACUAAUUGUAAGGUAUUGCAAGGUCACUUUGCGUGUGUCAUAAAGUUGACUUCCUUAUUGGUUGAAGGUCACAGAAGUAGUGGUUUGCUUUGAUGGAAAUAGCUACAGCUGUGUCCCUUCCUGCUUUUUACUUUUUCUUUUGCUUUUUCUCGGCACGUGGUAUCUCCACCAUUUCUUCUGCACAAAGAUGUCUUCUGUUCAUCCUGAACAUUUUUAAAAAAUGCAGAAUUUUAUGUGACUGCUUUUUUGCCUCACAAUUAUGCUGUGAAUUUUACAAAAAUUUAUUUUCUUUUUUGAUAAUUUAUUGUACCAAAGCUGUUUUUAUAGCACAUAGAUGUCUGUAACCAAUAAUGUAGCAGUUCUGCACUUUGACACAAGGUGUAACUAGACCAUUUUUAAAUGUCAGUUGAAAAUUAUGGCUGUACUAUUGCUUAAACAAAACUGGAACUGUUGUUGAAUCCAUAGCCAAUACAUUUACAGCAAUCUGUGUACUGAACAUAAUAGAUUGACAUCUAAUUCAAGAUUACAACAUCUGUUACAUUCUAAGUGUGUUCAGGCUUCUGAAGGUAAAGGGACACUGGAUCCAGAAGCUAUGGAACCAGCAGUUGAUUCUUGUAUUCCUGAUUAACCUACUUGUAAACUUGAAAGCAAGACCUUGAUUGCACCAACAGGUCCAGAGUAUGAGCGCAAGUAAAGCAGAACUCUCGUGCGUGACCUGAGCAGACAGGCUGGUAUUAUUAACAGGUGCCUCGUGUUGAGAUUACGCUGCCUUAAUGUAACACAGUCUGGCAGUUGCUAAAUUUGUGUUCCCAUUUUAAAUUGACCAAUUUUGGGGUGUGACACUUUUGAGCGGUUGAAUUGGGAGAAUGAAGUAAUUUACCUGUCCAGGAUCAAAAGAAGCCUAGAAAAGAAGCAGUAAUCUACCUCUGCCGCUAACCUGUUUUAAGACGACUCAGCAGAACACCGCCUUUCAUUCUAUUGGGCAAUUCCAUGUGGCUGACUAGGUCAAUUUUUUUUCUGAACAAAAGCAGGUUUUUAUAUGUAAACAGUGACAAAAGAAAGGCUAAACACUAUGUAAAUGUGAAUGGAAACUUGGAAAUAUUCGUUUUUAUAAACUACAGAAAUUUUUUGUUGUUUAUCAGGAAAUCCAUAUUUAUUUUGUAAUUAACUGUCAAGCCUGUGGAUGAUUUUUUUGAACUUGGUAGUUCUUAAAGGUUUACAGUGAAUAAAAGGAUAUCAUCUUGAGUAUAGCAAUAUCAAAAGGAAUUCAGUAGUUACUGCUGUUUAGGAAUAUAAGGUUAAGAUAUCAUAUGGGUCAGGUCAUUUUUUUUCUGUGCUGGUUGCCACAUCUUAGCAAGCACCAAAAAACUAAAGCAGUUUUUAAACCGAUAUUUACAUAAAGAAAAUCAUAAAAUCCAAUGCUUCUGCAUACUGUGUUAUGUUACAGUCCAGUUUUGUGUGCUUUACUACACAGUUUGGUUACAGGACUUCUGUGCAUUGUAAACAUAAACAGCAUGGAAAAGGUUAAAUACCUGUGUUCAGAUUGUAAGAUCUAGUCCGGACUUGCUGUGUAUAUUGUAACGUUAAAUGAAAAAAGAACCCCCCUUUGUAUUAUAGUCAUGCGGUCUUAUGUAUGAUAAACAGUUGAAUAAUUUGUCCUCAGACUCUUUACUAUGCUUUUUUAAAAUUAAUUUAAGAAAAAUGUAAACAUAGUAAAAAUCUUCCUAUGCAA